CGGCGGCGCCGGGCACGGGCAGUGUCUCGGGGCGGGGCGUGGAGGUGACGACGUGCGGCCAGGCGAGCGGGGACCCGGCUCAGAUUAGAACCCGCCACACUAAGCAAGUCAUCAGCACGAAGUCAUCAUGAGCGUGUCGUGGCCCUCCCAGCCGAGCCCCAGCUCACCUUCCACGCCGCAGGAGACCAGUUUCUUCUCGGCCUCCGACCACUCCAAGACGCUGCUGCAGUCUAUGCACAAGAUGCGCUCGAACGCCCAGCUCUGCGAUGUGGAGUUUGUGGUCGGCGAACUGAAGAUAAAUGCCCACCGCAUAGUGCUGGCAGCGUGCAGCCCCUACUUCAGCGCCAUGUUUACCAGUGACUUGGCCGAAAAGCGACAGUGUCAAAUCACCCUGCAUGACAUCGAUCCGCACGCCAUCCAGCUGCUGGUAGACUUCGCAUACACAGGCGAACUGCAGAUCAGCGAGGACAAUGUGCAGGUCCUGCUGCCCGCCUCCAGUCUGCUGCAGCUGAACGGUGUACGAGAAGCCUGUUGCUACUUCCUGCUGAAGCAGCUGCACCCCUCCAACUGCCUGGGCAUACGCAGCUUCGCAGAUGCCCAUGCCUGCGGCGAACUUCAGCUCCGGUCCCACAAGUUUGCCCUUCAAAACUUCCAGGAAGUCUGUGGCACGGAAGAAUUCCUCUUCCUCCCCUUCAAGCAGGUGAAUGAGCUGAUAGCCAGCAACCAGAUGAACGUGGCGGACGAGGAGACGGUGUUCCGGUCAGUGGUCAAGUGGGUGCGACACGCCGAGGCGGAACGCAAACAGCACGUGUCGGAGCUGAUGUCGCACGUCAAGCUGCCGCUGCUGCCGCGCCACUUCCUGGUGAGCACCGUUGACCAGGAGCCGCUGCUGCGCGACGACCCGGCCUGUCGGGAGCUGCUGCUCGAGGCGCUCAAGUACCACCUGCUGCCCGAGCAGCGCGCUUCCAUGGCCAGCGCGCGCACCGCCGACCGCCGUCCGGACGCCGCCGCGCCCUACCUCUUCUCCGUCGGCGGCGGCAGUCUGUUCGCCGUACACUCCGAGUGCGAGGUGUACAGUCCUCGGCUGGAGCGGUGGCUCUCGGUGGCCGCCAUGAACACGCGGCGCUCACGUGCCGGCGUGGCCACGGCCGGCCGUCGCCUGUACGUCAUCGGCGGCUACGACGGCUCCAGCGACCUCAGCUCGGCCGAGACCUACCACCCGCUGGCAAACACCUGGAGCUACGUCUCGCCCAUGGGCACCAAGCGCAGCUGCUUCGGCGCCGCCGGACUCAACGGUCUCAUCUACUGCUGCGGAGGUUACGACGGCGCCUCGUGCCUGAGCAGUGUGGAGCGGUACGACCCGCUGGCCGACAGCUGGUCCUCGCUGCCCCAGAUGCUGUCCCGCCGCCGCUACUGCCGGCUCGCCGCCAUGGACAACUGCCUCUACGCCGUCGGCGGCUUCGACUCUGCCUCCUAUCUGAGCUCGCUGGAGCGCCUGGACCCCAGGGUGGGCAAGUGGAUGAGCCUGCCGCCCAUGUCCAACAGACGGAGCAGCUGCGGCGUGGAGGCCGUCGGUGACUGGCUCUACUGCGUUGGCGGCAAUGACGGCACCAUGUGUCAGUCCAGUGGCGAGAAGUUCAGCCUGCGCAGCAACACCUGGGAGAGCGUCGCCAGCAUGCAGUCCCGCAGGUCCACCCAUGAGCUGAUCUACAUGGGCGGCCGCCUGUACGCCGUGGGCGGCAACGACGGCAGCUCCAGCCUCAACUCGGUGGAGAGCUACGACGAUCGACUGAACCGCUGGAAGCAGGAGCCGCCGAUGAACAGUCGGCGCAGCUCGGUGGGCGCCGCCGUGCUUCACUGUGUCAGCCUGGAACGGCUGCUGCGCGGCAAGCAGUGGAGCACAGCACCCCUGACGGCCUCGCUGACCUGCGCCAGCGGUGCGGCGCGCCCCACCAGCCUGUACAACAGGCAGCGCGAGACGGCCGGCGGCGAUAAGGUGCGCCGCGACCGCCGCCUGGACAUGGCGCACCGCGGCACCUUGUGAUCGUCGGCCGCCGGCUGCCUGCGCGGGUGCAUCUGCUGACGGCGACACCAACCGGACGACCUGACCUCUAUCAGUUGAGGCAGAUGCCGAUAGAUGGCGGGAUCCACAGCCUGUUGCGAGGCAGUUGUCCGGUCAAGAAGUCAGAUGCAGCGUUGUGCAGGGGUCUGACCCCUGCCCUACGGUGGUAUUCAGAGCAGUCGGAUUGCAGUGUUCGUUACGUUGUCACCCAAUUCAGACCUACUCACCAGCGCACACGCGGCCAUCACAGGCGCCACUAUUCAACAACCCCUGUGCGGAACCGGAUCACACCACAGAACCUGAAGCCCCACCUAUUCCAAGAGAUUGGCUGAAACGUUGUAGGACUACCUUCAGCGAAGACACGGAGCCUAGCUGCC